CGCAUACGGCAACUCCUCUCUCCGCUGUUGCUCUCUUCCCGUCGCGCUUUCUCCUCGUGCGGCUACUGGGUAACCGCCGCCGCUGCCGCCCUACGCCAGGUUCUCAGGUCAUUGUCAGUCCCCUUACUUCGCCGGCUCAUUCGGCGGCGACGAGCACCAGAAAUCCUAGCUGCUUUGAGUAUGGAGGCGCUGUUUGGGUGCAACAAACAUGGCGGGGACAAGGCCGCUGAUUUGGCCUCGUUUAUAAUCGUGCAGGCUGCCUUGGAGGUGCCAAGGUUACUUGGGCUCCUUGCCAUGAUUCUUCAUAAUGAAAUCUUUACAUCUGGUGGAGAUCAGAAUUUGAUUAAUAGGAUUCUGAGCAAAAACAAAAAUGCAACUGAUUUCGAGAACAAGGAUGAUGGAGAGUCUGAUGAUGAUAAUGAUGAGGAGGGAGACGAUGAGGAUGCUGAAAACCAAGAAGAUGAUGGUGGUGAUGAGGGAUCAGAUGACAAUGGGAAUGAGGAGGAAGAUGACGACGACGAUGAUAACGAUCCUGCAGCCAACGGUGAAGGAGGAAGUGACGACGAUGAUGAUGGUGGAGAGGAUGAAGAGGAGGAUGAUGACGACGAUGAUGAUGGGGAUGGUGACAAUGAGGAAGAUGAGGAGGAAGAAGAGGAAGAGGAUGAUGACGAUGAUGUCCCCCAACCACCUACUAAGAAGAGGAAAUGAUAGAUGGCUGUGAUUUGGUUGGCUGGUUGCUUACAUGCAGGAAUGCUCCCUGUUCGCCCCUGCCUAGCAGUCUCCUGUUUAGUGGGUAGGGGGUUUUAGCUUGAUCGUGGACAAUUCAUAGCCUAGCUUGGAAACAAAAAGAAACAUUUAAUUGUGCAUGUACUAUUAAACCAUUCCUUUAAUCAUGUAUCUCAGAUUGCUACCAA